AUGGAUCUCUCUUGUCGCCUCUCAUCGAUCCUUGUCGCCGUCCUUGUCUUCCUCUCCAUCUCCUCGGCCUUUGCUGAGAUCCGCAAAUCAGAGAUCCGAUCCGAUGACCGACCCAUCAUCCCUUUGGACGAAUUCGGGUUCACUCACUCGGGUCGCCUCGAGCUCGACGCCUCCAAGAUCUCGCUUUCCAACAACAACCCGGACCUCGAUCUCUCCAAGGUCGGCUUCUUCCUCUGCACCAGGGACGCCUGGGUCCACGUGAUCCAGCAGCUCGAGGAAGAAGAGAUCACCUGCGCCCUCCAGUCCGAUCUGGUCAAGCAUGUCUUCACCUUCAACAAUCUCAACAAGAAUUCCAGUUUCUCCACCGUCUUCACCGAGAACGACGCAGAUCAGUACUCCCUGGUCUUUGCCAACUGCCUCCAGCAGGUCAAGGUCAGCAUGGACGUCAGAUCCGCCAUGUACAACCUCGAAGGCAAGAAGGGCGGCCGCGACUACCUCUCCGCCGGCAGAACCGUCCUUCCUAAGGUCUAUUUCCUCUUCUCUGUCAUCUACUUCUCCCUCGCUGCCACGUGGAUCUACGUCCUCUACCGGAAACGCCUCACCGUUUUCGCCAUCCAUUUCUUCAUGCUCGGCGUUGUUGUCCUCAAGGCCCUGAACCUUCUCUGCGAGGCCGAGGAUAAAUCCUACAUUAAGAAAACCGGCAACGCCCACGGCUGGGAUGUCUUGUUCUACAUCUUCAACUUCCUCAAGGGCAUCACUCUUUUCACCCUCAUCGUCUUGAUCGGCACGGGAUGGUCCUUCUUGAAGCCCUACCUGCAGGACAAGGAAAAGAAGGUCUUGAUGAUUGUCAUUCCCCUCCAGGUUGUCGCCAACUUUGCCCAGGUCGUCAUCGACGAGACAGGGCCAUACGGCCAGGACUGGGUCACGUGGAAACAGAUCUUUUUGCUUGUUGAUGUCGUCUGCUGCUGCGCUGUCCUCUUCCCCAUUGUGUGGUCCAUCAAAAACUUGCGCGAGGCGGCCAAGACCGACGGGAAGGCUGCUGUGAACCUCGUCAAGCUAACCCUGUUUAGGCAGUACUACAUUGUGGUUAUCUGCUAUAUCUACUUCACCCGCGUUGUCGUCUAUGCACUGGAGACCAUUACCUCUUACAAGUAUAUGUGGACUAGUGUUGUUGCUAGCGAGCUGGCCACUCUUGCAUUCUACGUGUUUACCGGCUACAAGUUCAGGCCAGAGGUGCAUAACCCAUACUUUGUUGUUGAUGAUGACGAAGAAGAGGCUGCAGCCGAGGCCCUGAAGCUUGAAGACGAGUUUGAAUUGUAA